AUGCUAAGCAAGCUGAAAAGGCUGGCCUGAAGCGCAGGUCCUUGAGGAAAAGGGGUUUUUGUACCGAGAGCAUUAUUAACCUGUGUGCUGGAAUUCUAAGUCCGUCAUGAAUGCUACCUGUGCAUCCUUCUUCGCCCCAUCUAAACAAAGAGCGCUGCCCGCCACAAUAUAUUUGGAGGCAAUAUCCCCAGAGGGCUUCAUGCGUAGAGAGACAGGAACAGAUAUAGCAGUGAGCCUUAAGGUAUUCCGUAUUUGACGUGGGAUAAAGAAAAGGGAAUGGAGUCAUCGUCAGCAAGAACAAAUCUGCUGGAGAUAUAAGGACCAAAGCAGGUGAAGUCAGGACCGAAGACUCUCAAGUCUCUCCAACCUGUGUAAUGGGAUGGUGUGACCAGUGGCCCUAAAGUCUUGCUCUGGGAUCUAAGGGGAUGAGAAUUGUAGGAAGACUAGGUGCUGGACCCCCUUGACCCUGACCAGGACAAGCAGUUGAUGAAAAUGAAUGGAUGGAAGCCUUACAGAGUAUUUUUAAAUUAUUGUAGGCUAGCUUUCGUUGAGAUAAGCGCUACAGCGGUGCAUUGGGUCAUACUGGUAGGCCUACCUAACACCGCCUGGCCUGUGUGUUUAAGCGUGGAUUCGAUCCCAGUUUUCUGUGUGGUGUUUACGGUAAUUUGGGUAAAGUGGGAAAAAAAUUUAAACAAGAGUGUUAAAAUCCAAUGUAACAGUUUCCUGUACCCUGGAUCACACCAUCCCUGCUACCUCACGUAUGCAGCAGACCAUCAGGUGCCUCUAUUGGACAAGCUGGAUGGAAGCCUCACAGUUUUUUUUUUUAAUUAAAUUUGAUUUAUUAUAGAUUCUUCCAGCGUUUUUAUAGAACCUACUUGGUCAAUAAACUGGGGCGGAGGGGGAAGGGGACAUAUUAAUCAGCUUAUGGUGAUUGCGUGUUCAACAUCCAGUGUACAAUGGAGUCGCUUCUUAUAUCUUCUCAUGGGGUCGACCCUCGACUGAUACCGACUUUCUGUUGUCAUUGCACAUGUGUUUUUUAUUAUUUUAAGAGUAACCGCAAUGUAUUCUAACAAAACAAUUGUAUUUAUUACAUAAGAGAGUACUGUUUCCUGUACGGGGAAGCCUAAGCGCGUCUACUAUGUGAACUAACACUGUCCUAUGAAGGCGGUCGGGGGGGUUGAUUGACAUUGGAAUCAAGCAGUAGUAAAAGGGCGAGGAUGAUUCUACUUUUGAGUGGCAAAUAAGACAACAAAUCGCUGUGAUGGGGCAGGUAUAAAAUUUGGUGACAGUAAAAACGUCAACAACCUUGAACCAAUAGAACACAAGAGACUGGUUUCAGGUUUGGCCAAGUGUCCAAUAGCAAGGAGGAUAUUUAGCUGUAGGCGGGUCUAACACGCAUGCCAGACCGGGGGGCGAACAGGGACAGAUGGCGGUAGCGGCGGGGAGUGGAGAGCGGAACUGAGCGCCACAAGAGGAGGGUACAUCAGGAGAUCCUCAGGCUCGUACACGGGUACCGGCAUCAAGCAGGCUCAGCACACACGCGGGGCGGGCCGCGCUUGCAUUCCACCGCGUAGCUCCGAGCUCCUAAUAUUGUUUAUCAUCAUCAAGGAAAGCCGGUCGCCCAGACAUGUUGUGAAGGCCCGGGUCGUCCGCUGAGCCGCGCUGCGUGCGCGAGUCCGACAGCCGAGACGAGAGCGCGUUCCGGAGGCUCAGCACUCACAGCCGUUUCGAACGCUUCGCGAGGGAGCAGGGAAGUGCUGCGGGCGCCGGCGGCGCGAUGGAGCCGAGCGGCUGCCCCGCGUGACCUGGCCGAGACCCGCAGCCUGCAGCUGCGCGUACACCCUCGCUCUGCGCGUCGUUAUGCGGCGCCGUUGCGAAUAACCGGCGUUAGCGAGAAGUGGCCGUGUACAGCUCCCGCGUGCGCGCGCACCGAGCGACUCGAUGGGGAACACGGCGGCGUCGUGCUGCGCGUCCCCCGGCGGCAGCCCGCAGAGCCCGCGCAGCCCGAGGCCCGGCGCCGCCGAGACGCGCCACACAAACACGGACGUGAGCGAAGACACGGGGCCCUACCUGCAGCACAUCAGCGACAGGGAGCUGCCCGACGAAUUGGCACUGGAAUCCAACCCUUCUGACCAUGCCAGGGCCAGCACCAUCUUCCUCAGCAAAUCCCAGACAGACGUGCGUGACAAGAGGAGAAGUAACUACACAAAUCAUGUAUCCCCCGGGCCCUUGACCAAGAAGUACAGCUCUUGCUCUACAAUAUUCAUAGACGACAGUACGGUGAGCCAGCCCAACCUGAAGAGCACAAUCAAAUGUGUCACGCUAGCAAUAUACUACCACAUAAAAAACAGGGACUCGGACAGGUCGCUGGACAUUUUCGACGAGAAGAUGCAUCCGCUGUCGAGGGACUUCGUUCCAGAUAACUACUCACAGAUUGACCCCGAACACAAGCUGAUCUACCGCUUCGUCCGCACCUUGUUCAGCGCCGCCCAGCUCACGGCAGAGUGCGCCAUCGUCACCCUCGUGUAUUUGGAGCGUCUGCUGACAUAUGCAGAGAUUGACAUCUGCCCCUGCAACUGGAAGCGCAUUGUGCUGGGCGCCAUUUUGCUGGCCUCCAAGGUGUGGGAUGACCAGGCUGUGUGGAAUGUGGACUACUGCCAGAUCCUCAAAGACAUCACUGUGGAGGACAUGAACGAGAUGGAGCGACACUUCCUGGAGCUGCUGCAGUUCAACAUCAAUGUCCCUGCCAGUGUCUACGCCAAGUAUUACUUUGACCUGCGCUCGUUAGCUGACGACAACAACCUGAGCUUCCCUCUGGAGCCGCUGAGCAAGGAUCGUGCCCAGAAACUGGAGGCCAUCUCCAGGCUGUGUGAAGACAAGUACAAGGACCUGGGCAAAGCAGCCAUGCGGAGGUCCUUCAGUGCUGACAACUUGGUGGGCAUUCACCGGUCCAAUGCUGUGCUCUCCUAGCAGAGCCAGGACAUGUCAUCCCCAAACUCUGACCUCUGACCUUAGGGCAGCGUGCAGGUGGUGCACAAUGAACUUCUGUACUACAUAGAGAGAAAUGGAGUUCCUUUUGUUUUGCUUACUAUGUAGGCUAGCAGCUGUGAAAGUUGUUUUUAAUUGAAAUCAUUUGCAGAUGGAGUAUUUUAAUUAAACAUUAAUCAUGUAACAGAUCUGUUGGCUUUUUGUUUGAUACAUGUAUAUUCUGGUAUCGAUAAAUUUUGCUGUUCUUAUUUAAGGCAGGUGAAACUCUAAUGCUGAUGAAUUGCAAGACCUAAAAGGGUCGUAGGAACAUCUUCCUCUGAAGACUUACUUAUUUUGGCAAUUGAAGGCAGUCAUAUCACCUUAAAGGUUGUGCAUGUAAAGGUUCUCUUGCUCCUUUAGAGUAAGAAAUGAUAAAAUUAACUAUUUGCAGGGGGCUAUAAAUAUUCCAGUGCAGUAAGUCCUGAACUUAUGGAUACAAUAGGGACCUGAGGUGUUCAUAUGCUAUAACUUAUGUGUCUUGUUUGCAGAUGUGAAAUACAGUAGUACAUUUGAACGAUCCAAAAAAGUUGAUAUUGGUUGCAGGUAGGAUUUUUUGGAAUUUACUCACCCUGUUCAGCGUUGUACAGGUGCCCCCCCGCGAACUGACACACUAAUAUGGACAGACAAGCUGAAGCAUAUACUGUAACAACUAACACCAGCAGUAUUUUUUUCCAUUAAGAAGUAAUGGUUGUUAGGGGUAAAAGACUGGUAAUUAGCUGGAUAAACAGAAUUGUACUGUAUAAAGCCACACACAAGGCAAAGACACUACUGGAAUGCAUGUUGAAUGCAAUCCAUAGAUGGUGAGCUGAAACUCCACGGAGGCGAACAUGGGUAGCGUAUAUCGGACUCAUUUUUUUGCUGCUUCAACUACAUUUCGUAUAUCUUAUUCCAUUACUAGUUAUUUUACUGUAAUUUUCUGUACACUUAGCUUUAUCUGGUCCUAAUUUUUUCCUCACAAUGCACCAAAUAUUAAAAUUACAGACAAUUGUUACUUAAUCUAUUUUUUUAUUGGGAAAACUUUCAAUUUGUACCAAGCCUAUCAAAUAUUCACCCCAACUGACACUUUAAUGUCAUCAGGAAAGUUAACGCAUUAAAAUGGACAGAAAAAUGCUAACAUUGAAUUUUUUUUUUUAUUUGGUAACAUCCAGAAUUCUUUUUAAUCACAUAUGCUUGUUGUAGCAAGAAUAGGCCUGCAUAUAAAAAGCUUUC